AUGGCAGAAGCAGCCACAAAUGGCGUCAAAGACACCAGGCCGGUGUUCUUCUUUGACAUCGACAACUGCCUCUACUCUCGUAGCCACAAGAUUCACACCCUGAUGGCAAGACUCAUCGAUCAAUACUUCAUCACACACCUAUCGCUACCGGCCGAGGAGGCCACCAGGCUGACCCACGAGUACUACACGCUGUACGGGCUCGCGAUAGAAGGCUUAGUCCGACACCACCAGAUCGACCCGCUCGACUUCAACGAUAAGGUCGAUGACGCCUUGCCUCUGGACGAGAUUCUCAAGCCGGAUGUGGAACUACGCCAACUCCUCGAAGAUAUCGAUAGAUCCAAGGUCAAACUCUGGCUUUUCACGAACGCAUACGUCAACCACGGCAAACGGGUCGUGCGACUCUUGGGCAUCGACGACCUAUUCGAGGGACUGACGUACUGCGACUAUGCCCAGCUGCCCUUCCUCUGCAAGCCUUCGAAGGAUAUGUUCAGGAAGGCUAUGAAGGAAGCGGGGGUUGAGAAGCCCGAAGAUUGUUAUUUCGUAGAUGACUCUCAUGCCAACUGCAAGAGCGCUGAGGAGCUUGGGUGGAAAGCAGCACACUUGGUCGAGGAGGACUUGCCGUUGCCGGAGACCAAGGCGUCGAAGUACCAGCUUCGUCAUUUGCGGGAACUACGGAACACCUACCCGCACCUUUUCAAACCCACCGCUUCCAAGAAUGCACGAAAGUACUGGGAUGAGGAUUAUGUCAGAGCACUUGAAGCUCAAGUACAGUCACUUCUCUUAGCUCUGGAAAAGCAACAGGAAGGCUCCGACAAGGAACCGUCGCCGCCACUGUCGCUCAGUGACCACGUACCACAACCCCCCGAGGCUCUCCCUGAUGGCCUUGACGAGGCCGAAGCAGCUGAGCUUGCUGAUGCCGUCGCCAAUGAGGGCUCAACUGUUCACUUUAGAGGAGACCUGGACAACGCAACACCAACGGGUAAAGAUGCGCAAAGCCAAGAGAGGUCUCAACGAGCCAUGGAGGAGUUAUGCGUGAUGCUCUGGAGGACAAAUGUCGGCGACGGCGUCACCAUCAUUAACGACCCCACCACCGGAUCUCGAUACGACCUCGAAGCUGCCCAACAGCUUGCUCCAUCGGCUCAUUUCACCCCGCCUGAUAAUGUUCUUGCUUAUUGCCGGCAAGGAGGUCUCAUCUACGAGAUGGCCGAAACAUUUCUGCAAAACAUCAACAGAGAGCAUCAGUUCACUCCAUACACAACCACAGAUUUCCUUCAGAGAUAUCCGUAUCAGGAUCCGGACGAGGCCUUCCUGCACAGCUGCAUCAUCGCGACAGGCACGACUUUCUCCCUUAGGCCCGACGCGAUGAAGAUUGGAGAUACCUUCGGCCAGUUCGCAGAGAGCCUGGCCUUCACUUGCUGUCGACAAAACCCCACGGUCAAAGUCAUCCAGGGCCUCUCGAUGAUGUCUUGGCGAUCUUUGGCACUCGGCCGGGACCACUUCGGAUGGAUAUUCAUCUCCAUGGCCGCGGGUAUGUGUGUUCACUUGAGACUUCACGUCAUGGCCCUAGACGAGUGUGAGGCAAGGCAACUCGAAGCAAGUGAAGAAGACAUCCGGACGUUCUGGAUGUUCUACAUUAUUGAUCGCACGGCCAUCUCUAUUCUCGGCCGCAACUGUGCUCUACCUUGGAGGAGAGUCAACGUCCCUAGUUUUGACACGACAUUUGAGAGCUCGACAGCAGACCUUGCUCAAAUAUCUUUCGCAUGGCAGUGCAAGCUGUGGUAUCUCCACGACCAGUACAUGGAUCAAGUCUUCUCCACGACAUUCGAAUCCCUCCCCAUACCGCAGCAAGUCCGUGUCUUAGUCGCAAGUCAAGACGCCCUCAACGCAUUUUUCCGAUCUCGCGACAAUCGACUACAUCUGACCGGAGACUCAACACCGAAACCGGUCAUCCUCUUCCACCUAGCGUAUCAAAUGACGAUUCUCAUUACGAUGCCGCCAUUCCUCCGCAUAUUUGCCACAAUCUCACAAGCCUCAACCACUUCAUCCGCAAACACUACAGGGCAGAACUCGGAGUUCAUGCUUCUCGUGCUCCGCUCUCUCACCGCCGCCGCAACAGCUACCUCGCGCCUGGUCAGGACCUACCGCCGGGCACAUGGAUUCGAAACCCCCGCCAACCCGGUCAUCAUCCACCAUCUCCUCAGCGCAGCCAUCGUCCACCUCAUGAACGCAACGAGCUGGACACCCGCCCUUCGCCACCAGAGCACAUACUGGCUCCGUCAGUGCCUGGAGCUCCUGCGGGAGCUGCAAGUAGCCUGGCCUGUCCGCGCCGUAAAAAGCAUCACGGUUAUCCGAGUUCUGGCCCAGCGCUGGGGCGUCAUGCGAGCGCUCCCCAUCGAAUUCAGUUACCAGAUCGAACCGACCGCACCGGGAGCCGAGAGGGAUUUUAUGGCUAGCAGUGCGCAGCAGAAGCAGGUUAACGAUGCCAGUAUUGCUGCUGGUAAUCAGUUGAACCUAGAGUAUGAGUGGGAGUCCUACGCGGCCGCGGCUGAAGAACAAGUCGACUUUAACGCUCUGGACAUGAAUUCGUUUGCUUCUCUGGGGACGCUUGACGCGUCUGGUCUCGGCGGCGAUCACACAAACCCUGUGGGACCCGUCGAUUUCCUCCAAGCGUUCCAGGGUCUAGCGAAUUGCGACGAUUUCAGUUGGCUUUCGGGCAAUACCAUGUGA